AUGUCAGUUGUAAAUGUGUAUGCAACAUCUGCAACGACAGAGAAUUUGUCUCGACAUGAGAUGCUCAUGUGGGUAAACGAUUGUUUGCAGUCAAAUUUUGCAAAAAUUGAAGAAAUGCAUACGGGUGCAGCCUACUGUCAAUUCACAGAUUUCCUGUUUCCUGGUUCAAUACAGCUACGGCGGGUGAAAUGGAACAGCAGAUUAGAAUUGGAUUGGUUAAGUAACUGGAAAUUGUUGCAAACAUCAUGGAAAACACUAGGUGUUGAUAAAAUUGUUCCUGUGGAAAAACUUAUCAAGGGGAAAUUUCAGGACAAUUUCGAGUUCUUGCAAUGGUUUAAGAAAUUUUUCGAUGCAAAUUUCGAUGGGCACGAAUAUGACCCAUUGGAAGCACGAGGUGGUGAGCCAUUACCAUCUGAUGUAAAAGGAAAUGCACCAUCACGAAUGCCUGCGAGGUCCUCAGCUCCACCUGUCAAGAAAUCCACUCUUUCGACAUCGAACGCUUCCAUGAAUAAAGGUGAAGUACGAAAAGCACCAGCUGUUGGAGGAAAAGUUAAUCCAACUCGAACAGCUGCACCGCCUGCUGCGGCUGCCACUGCGCGAACUACUGCGCACUCCGCACAGCCCACAGUAGAUCAUCAGAUGAUCGCGAAUUUAAAACGCGAAUUGGAAGAAGCCAAGGAACAGAUAGUUGAAGGUGAUAAUGUUAUAGUCAGUCUUGAAAAGGAACGUGACUUUUAUUUUUCGAAACUGCGGCAAAUUGAAGUGAUAUGUCAAGAUAAUGAACAAAUUGGAACUGUUGAUGUAGCUCGUGUGCUUGCGAUAUUGUAUGAAACGGAAGAAGGAUUUGCGCCGCCGGACGAGAAUGAGGUGGAAAACGGAGAUGAAGUUUACUGA